AUGGAGAAACAAAUACAAAAAAAAUUUGAAACAGAAAAAGGUAAGCCGUGUAUUUUAGUUGAAGAUUAUAAAUAUAGUGAAUUUAAAGUUCUGAAAAAGUGUGGGAACAUUCGGUAUAACUGUACAAAUAAAAAUUGUUCUGCCAGUUUACUCGUUGAUAAGGAUGUGACCAAAGUGUUAAGUAUGUUAAAUGAGCACACACAUGACGUGAUUCCAAAAAAUAUUAUUAGUAGGCAAAUUGUGAGUUCACGUUUAAAAAGAAAAUGUGAAAAUGAUUUUCUCACUAGGCUAAAUAAAAUAAUUAGGCAAGAACUUAGAAAUACCGAAAACGAUAUCCAGCCGGUUUAUUCUGAUAUAAAGUUAUGGAGAAAGUCUAUGUACGAUAAACGUAGAAAGAAUAUGCAAAAAAUUCCAAAAUCUUUAGAGGAAGCUAUAACUCAGUUGUUUGAUGGUCGUGAAAAUAUUACAACUAAUACUGGUGAACUAUUUUGUCACAUGGAAGAAACUUCAAGUCCAGUUAUAUUCACUUGCAAAACUAAUCUUGAACUAUUAAGUCAAUCUUCUCAUAUUUUUGCUGACGGAACAUUUUCAUAUGCACCCAAAUAUUUCGAACAACUAUUAGACAUAGAUAUACAAAAAUCGUUAAAGUAUUCAAAUUUUCAUUUUGAUUUUGAAAAAAGUGCUCACAACGCUGUUAGACAUUUUUUUCCAAACUGCAAAAUUAUGGCCUGCAGAUUUCAUUUAGGCCAAUCUUGGUUCAGGAAAAUUCAAAGUGACAGUAAUUUAUUAAAAAAUUAUAAUUCAAAUUCUGAACUAGGUGUUUGGUUGAAACAAUUUUUUGCACUUGGAUUUUUACCUUCGGAAGAUGUAGAAGAUGCUUUUACUUAUUUAAUUGAAAAUAGCCCUACUGAUAAUUUUGAAUUCACUGAUUAUAUACUGAACAAUUAUAUAUCAUCUGAUGCCGUUUUCCCACCGAUUUUAUGGGCAACUGAACCUUCAACAGAGGCAAGAACGACCAAUGGGCCAGAAUCAUUCCAUAGUCACUAUAAUUCUCAGUUUUAUACGUCUCAUCCAUCUAUUCACCAAUUUUAA